AUGUAAAAGAGCAAUUCUUAUCAUAUAAAGACACCAAGGAAAUAUCGACAACCAAAUAUUAUAUCAUAAGAAUUAUUGUAAAAAUUAACUCAAACGAAACUAGAAAAUAGAUAAGAGAAAGAAUAUUUUGAUAAAAAUGCAUAAAUCAAUGAAGUCAAAAAAGUAAAAUAAAUUUCUAGAUCCAUUGAAGGAGGAUCUCAAAGUUAUAGAGAAAUAGUAUAAUAAAGCUUACAUCUUCUAAAUUUAAACAAGGAAGGUUUAGCAAAGGACUUCAGUUUGAAUAAAAAUUAAAAUGAUGAGAUCCAAAGCACAGAAAAAAAGUCAAGGCAUGUCAGUCAUGUUAGUUAAAUAUGGACGAAAAGGAAUAGAACUGAUAGCAAUUCCUUAACUCCAAGAAAGGUAGGCGUAAAUGAUUUUAUUCUAAAUGCAAAUGCUUUUUUAAAAGAAAAACAAUUGGAAAAUUAAUUAGACAGGCUGUCCUAUUAAAUAGUAUAACUUUAAAAUAAAUCUAAUAAGUUGGAAAUACAAAAUAGAAUGCUGUAUGCAAAUAUAUAGCAAUAUUAGUAAGAUUCUCAUCACCUAAAAGAACUCUCUUAUUCAAAAACUAGAUACAAUGAUUUUGAUGUAGUAACGCUAGGAAGAAAAUCUUAAUUACUUUAAAUAACUCUUUAAAGAGAAUGGUAAUGUAAACAAGAAAACACAAAAUUCCCUCCCAAAACUUCGACAGGCAGGUUUAUCAGCAUAUCUUGGUUUAAAAAUUUGAUUUAAUUAAUUCUUCGCCAAUUUAUAUAAAAUUCUUUAAUGCACAAAACUCAUGACUAACUUACACAAGAAAGUUAACAAGAUCUAUUUAAUGAAAAUACAAACUCAUCCUUGCUGGGAGUUAAAUCCUAUUAGUAGUACGCCUAUAGAUGGAUAAUUUUGAUAUGUUUCCUAGGUGUUGUAUUUAUAAAUGGUAUUGCAUAUCAAACAUUUAUUCCAAAUGCAAAAUAAUUUAUAGAAUUAUAUGAUGUAAGUGAGUAAAUAAUAACCUUAUCUGGAACAAUAUUUUUGAUAAUGUAACCUGUGUUUACAUUUUUUGCCUCAUCAUUCAUUGUUAAGAAAGGAUUCGCGCUAUCGUUAAAUUUUGGUGUUUUGUUAACAAUAAUUGGCUAUGGAAUAAGAUUAUUUAUAAAUAAAUUUUCAUUUUCAAUAGUUAUUUUAGGAUAGGCAUGUUUAGGGAUUUCAAGACCCUUUAUAUUGAAUGGCCAGAUCACUAUGGCAUAAAAUUGGUUUUAUCCCUCGAAUAGGACUGCUGUAUUAACAGCUUGCAAUGCAUUUUAAACAUUUUCAAUGAUCAUAAGUGUAAUAUGGCCAGCGAAUUGGAUUUUUCAAGAUUAUUCUUAUACAGAUGAGUUGAGAGAAAAAGGAUUGGAAUUGUCUUUGAAACUCUAAUACUAAUAGUUCUUCCUAAGUCUUGUUCUUAUCCCUGUAAUAUUUUUAAUUCGAAAUAACCCAGUGACUCCUCCCUCAGGAUUUAUAACUGCAGACAAUGAAGUUGGAGUUUCAGAGUCAAUCAAAAAAUUACUAAGAAAUGGAAAUUUCUUACUCAUUCUUUUAACGUAUAGUUUGUAUUUUGGAACUAUCAAGGGAUAUGGAUUGAAUGUGCCAUAUUUAAUGUCUCCUUUCGGAUUUAUUGAUACCAAUUAUUCAAUUGCUUCUUCAAUGCUAAUAAUUGGUGGGUUUAUAUCAGCAGGGAUGGUCUCUAAGGUUGUUUAAAAAUUUAAAAGGUAUAAGGCUAUAGGAAUAGUUUUGCUUUCAAUUUCCUUAGUCUUAUCAAUAUUGACAUAUCCUAUAAUGAUGACUAAGCAAUUCAUCCCUUUAUGCAUUUAAUAGUUAUUAUUAGGAUUUUUCUUAAUUCCUAUGGUUCCAGUUUUAAUGGAAUUUGGAUGUGAAGCCAUAUACCCAUUGAAUGGCAGUUUCUCUAUUGGACUUAUGGUCUCAGGGGCAACAAUAGCAGCUUUAUUGAGUAGCAUUCUAUUAACCUAUACUGCAAAGGGUAAAGAUAGUGACAAGUAAAGUGCAUUAAUAACUACUAUCAUAUGCUGCAGCAUAUUUUUAAUUGGAUAAAUAUUAUUUUUAUUCACAAAAGAAAUUGAAAACAGAACAAAUAGACAGGAAAAGGAAAACAAAAAUGUAUUAAAAUUAGACUCCUCUAAUACUAAUAAUAAGAAUCAUUAAACUUCAAUUAAUGAAUCGUUUGAUUCAUUUAACAACAAAAUCAAAGAUGAUUCUGCAAAAGAACAUUUGAUUAUUGAUUAAAAUGACUUUUUAAAUAAUGAUGAUGAGAUAAGUAGAAUUGACAAAAAAGAUUGAUGAAAAUAAUGAAUUUUAACAAAAUAUAUAAAUGAUUUAUAAUAUAUAUGGUUAAUAAUAUUUAGUCUCAUAGUAA